UCACUGAUGCGCGCUAAUGAGUCUGCAGUGAUGGGCACUGAUAGGCUACAGUGAUGGGCACUGAUAGGCUGCACUUAUAGGCAACUCUGAUAGGUGGCACUGGUGAGCAUUGACAGGCAUCACUGGUGGGCACUGACAGGCAUCCCCGGAGGGCACUGCAAGGUGGCACUGAUAGGCUGCACUGAUAGUUGGCUGAAAGGGAGCUCUGAUGGGCACUGAUAUGUGGCAUUGAUGUGUACUGAUGGCUACUGGUAUGUGGCAUUGAUGUGCACUGAUGGCCACUGGUAUGUGGCAUUGAUGGGCACUGACAGGUGGCAAUUAUUGGAACUGACAGGGGACAUCUACACAGAUCAUCAGAGCACUGAUGAUCAGUGUGCCCUGAUGAUCUGUGUAGCCCCAGCAGCGCCACCUGUCAGUGCCCAUCAGUGCCACAUUUCAGUGCCCAUCAGUGCCACAUUUCAGUGCCCAUCAGUGCGACAUCAAUGUCACAUAUCAGUGCCCAUCUGAGCUGCCUUUCAGUCUCACCCAUCAGUGCCAGUCAGUGCCACCUAUCAAAGCCAGUCAGUGCCACCAAUCAGUGCUGCCAGUCAGUGCCGCCUAUCAGUGCCAGUCAGUGCUGCCUAGCAGUGCCCAUCAGUGCCGCCUAGCAGUGCCCAUCAGUGCUGCCUAGCAGUGCCGCCUAACAGUGC